GAACGACGCUUCUCGAUGUCAUAGUUAUCUUUAUCCCAUUUAAUGAUAAACUGGUUGAUAAUCUCUAUCAGUGGCAUAUUGGGAUUUGGAUUGUUAUCCUUCACGUCAUCAAUGAUCAUGUCUGCAUUUCGUAAUCUAGCCUGGUUUUCAAAAGGGAUGCGUGAAUACACAAAGUCAGGCUAUGAGUCAGCUGCUUCACAUUUUGAUCCUAAUGAGUUGAAAAACGUACGCUUAGACAAUCACCGUGUUUUGAUAACUGGAGCCAAUUCAGGGAUCGGCCUCGUGUGUUGUAAAGAAUUAGCGAAACAUGGUGCAGAAAUCCAUAUGGUUUGUCGCAGUAAACCUCGUGCUGAAGAGGCACGUCAACAGAUAAUCUCUGAAACUGGAAUCAAUGAUUCGCAUAUAAUUAUUCAUCCAUUGGAUCUUUCUAAACCGAAUGAUGUCCGCAAUUUUGGAAAACAAUUUGCUAAUAAUAAUGAUUCACGUCUAGAUAUUUUGAUUAAUAAUGCUGGCUGCAUGAUUAAUGAAUAUAAAACUGAUGAAAACGGCAUAGAAGCUAAUUUCGCCACAAAUACACUUGGUACUUAUAUACUUACUGAAAGUCUAAUACCUGCAUUAAAAAAAUCACCUGAUGCUCGUGUUAUUACUGUUAGCUCAGGUGGAAUGUUAGUACAGAAAUUGGAUCAUGCCGAUCCAAUGCUUACAACUAGGCACAACAAAUUUGAUGGAACAAUGGUUUAUGCACAAAAUAAACGUCAACAAGUUGUUAUGACUGAAAUGUGGUCUAAGAACUAUCCAGAGAUAUUCUUCUGUUCAAUGCAUCCUGGUUGGGCUGAUACACCAGCUGUCGCACUGUCUAUGCCAUCAUUUUACAAUAAAAUGAAAAAUAAACUAAGAACACCAGAACAAGGUGCAGAUACAGCGAUCUGGUUAGCAGCGGUACCAAAUGUGAGAAGAUUCCAAAACGGUUCUUUCUUCCAAGAUCGUCAAGUAGUUAGUCAACACCUAAAAUUGGCUUGUACACAUUCAAAGGAUGAUGAGAAACGUAAAUUCAUGUCUAAUUUAGCUGAUAUUGCAGCACCUUUUCUUAAAUAAACUCUACCCUAGUCGGUAAAAGAAAAUUAUCACCGCUUAUAAUUAAAACAGAUGCGUUUGAGUUUUAUUCUUCAUGCUGCGUAUUUAUGAGCUAUUUUUGUUUUAGUUAGUUUGUCUUUUUUUACUACAACUAAUUUAUUCUGUGCUUCAAUUUAUUUUAUAACUUUAGUUUUUUUUCUAUGUGGGUGUGUAUUUAAAUUCAGGGAGUAUAAAUAGUGUGUUGCUCAAUUGUGAUAUUAUAUAAAGGAUCAUUUGUCGUUGUUUCUUUUUCCGUAUACUUCAUAAUGUGUGAGUUCUACAUGACAAUAAAAGACACUUUCAAUAUUUACAUUAAAGUUUUAUCUCUCAGGGCUAUUCUUUUACAAAUUCUAAUGGAAUACCAUUACUAAUUUUCUCAAUAUAUUUAUUUGUUUUUAAAUAUAUUUAUAUAUUUUGAAUU